AUGACGGCGGAGGGCCACAACGUCGACGCGAACCUGCUCGGAAUAGGUCGCGACCACGGUCAUUACUUUUCGAAGAAGACGUUCGGCAAGCCUACAUACUGUCAUCACUGUUGCGAUAAGAUAUGGGGUAUGCUUACGCAAGGAUAUGCUUGUGAAGUUUGCAAUUUCGUAUGUCAUGAGAAGUGCUUAAAAACCGUCGUCUCGUACUGUAGUGGAGUUGCAUUGCAGCUGAUCAAGAACCCAGUUGCGCAUACAUGGUCACAACCUGGCUUGAUCAAACGAAAAUUCUGUUGUGUAUGUCGUAAAAGGACUGACGAGGCGCUGUCACUCGAAUGUGAAGUUUGCGAGUACUAUGUACAUGUAGACUGCUCCGAUCUGGCCGUCUCGGACUGUAAAGAGGCUGCCACCUAUGUGCCAAAUUUGGACAUUGCCACGCAUGAACAAUUUCAUCACAUGCGUGAAGGGAAUCUGCCCAAAGACAGCAAAUGCGUGGUAUGCAAAAAGAGCUGCUGGUCGGCGGAAUGUCUGGCAGGCAUGCGUUGCGAGUGGUGUGGGCAGACGGCUCAUGCCGUUUGCUAUCGUCAGAUGCCGAAGGAAUGCGAUUUUGGCGUGCUACGGAAGAUUCUCUUACCGCCAUCGGCGCUGACGAUACCCCGUACAGAACUUCCAAUGGAGCAGCUUCUUGCAAUCACAUCCAGUGAUCCUCCACAGUCGCGUAAGGUUUCAUCACCGUCAAAAAUUCAGCCAGAUGACGUGUCAUCGUCUGGUGAUGAUAUGAAAGAGCGUGAAGAUACGGAGAUCCUACGAGUGUUCGACGGUAAUUCAUCACUUCGUGCACAAGUGUGCCGAACAGCCAGCGUUCCGAAGACCGUUACCGUUCAACAGAUUCGUGACGCUGCAUUACGGCGAUUUCACAUUACUGACAACCCGGAUAAUUACUACGUUACUCAAGUUGUAAACGAUGCCGGUGACGAGGAAACGUUAGAAGAUCCGGUACCACUGCGAAAUGUGAAGAGACCGGAAGGUCGACGAGCGCAAAUAUUUCUUAGGUACAAAGACGAUCCUGAUAAGGAUGUCGUAAAACUGUAUGGCGGGUGGCUGAGGUGUGUUCCUGUAACAUUUUGUUCAAUAACCGUAACUCGGGACACGCUAGUACAAGAUGCUCUUGCCGAUGCGCUUCAAAACUUUGGCCUUGAUCCCAGUACUUGGAACAGGUACAACCUCAUUGAAGUAUCACUGGAUCGCGGUGUGGCUGAACGAACGUGCAAUGCUCAGGAAAAUAUGCUGCAACUCGUCCGGAAUCUUCGCAAGGACUCCUUACGACGCUAUCACGUUGUACGGUUCUAUGUACAGGAGAAAGAGGACCCACAUGAUCAUGCAGUGUUUGUUGGAAAUCUUCCUGUAUCGCUUGCUCAACGGCAGUACGAACGAAUAUUGCUCAAAUUAUUAGGAGCAAAAGAGAAACCGUUCACGGCAAUCGGACCGAUUUAUUUCGAGUACGGUUCACUUGUGAUUACAUUUAAUACGCCAAAAGCCGCAACUGCUGCCGUUCAACGCCUUCAAAAUGCCAUCUACGAAGACAAAAAGCUCAUUGUGUUAUGCUUACCCAAUGUUCAGCCACAUAUGCUACCACCUGAUGCUGAACCGUUACUGGUACUCGUGAACGUGAAAAGUGGCGGCUGUCAAGGAACAGAGCUGAUUCAAUCAUUUCGAAAACUCCUUAACCCUUUCCAAGUUUUUGAUGUUCUUAAAGGUGGUCCGCUAGUCGGGCUUUACGUGUUCCGAAACAUUCCGAAAUAUAAAAUCCUGGCUUGUGGCGGAGAUGGUACUAUUGGAUGGGUUUUGCAGUGUCUUGAUAUUGCAAAGCAGGAUGCAGCAUGUUUUUCACCCCCCUGUGGUAUAGUCCCAUUGGGCACCGGCAAUGACUUGGCAAGAGUGCUUCGUUGGGGUGGUGGUUAUACAGGCGAGGAGAAUCCAUUAGAAAUCCUAAAGGAUGUAAUAGAAGCAGAUGAGGUUCGACUUGAUCGAUGGGCGGUGGUGUUUCAUGAAGAAGAACGAAGCCAACCCCCAAAUCAGACUGACCAGACAAUGAGCAAUCCUGAAGAUCAGACAAGCAUGAUCAUCAUGAAUAACUAUUUCGGAAUCGGUAUUGAUGCAGAUGUGUGUCUUAAAUUCCACAAUAAGCGUGAUGCGAAUCCAGAAAAGUUCCAAUCUCGCUUAUUCAACAAAACACAAUAUGCUAAAAUUGGCUUGCGAAAGAUGUUCUUCGAGCGGUCGUGCAAAGAUCUUUGGAAGCGUAUUGAAGUUGAGGUAGACGGGCGACCUAUUGAACUGCCAAACAUAGAGGGAAUAGUCGUUCUGAACUUGUUGAGCUGGGGAAGUGGUGCGAAUCCAUGGGGAACCGCCAAGGAGGAGAGCCCUUUCCAAAAGCCAACACAUUAUGAUGGACUUUUGGAGGUUGUUGGUAUUUCUGACGUAUCGCGUUUGGGUCUCAUUCAGUCUAAAUUGGCAGCCGGCACUAGGAUUGCUCAAGGAGGAAGUAUUCGUAUAACGACACAUGAAGAAUGGCCGGUGCAGGUAGAUGGUGAGCCUCAUAUUCAGCCUCCAGGUACAAUCACCAUCCUGAAAUCGGCGUUGAAGGCGCAAAUGCUGAAGAAGGCGAAGAAGAGUCGUCGUGGCGUGGCUUCGUCGCAGGUGCGAGCGGUCGCCAGCGAAGGCUCACCAUCUGGUCCGUUGGGAGUACCAUCAUCGCUGGAUCCCGCACUCGGCAAAUCAACACCCGAAGCUCUCGGCGACUCAGAUGAGGAGGGCGACGCAUUCCUUUGA